AUUAGAAACUAAAUGGGAGGGAGAUAUGGGAGUGGAUUGAGAAAAUUGAGGCUGAGAAGCCUUGGGAGGGGAAAUGAGAGGGGGUGAAUGGUUGAGUUGUUGAAGGCAUGGGGGUGCUUGGAUUGUGUUUCCGCAUGUUGUUUUUAUUGCUUUACCCUUUUCUAUGUCCCAUUUCUUUUUGAUAGCUAGAUCUACCCAAACGCUCCAUCAGCCUGGUCGCUUGUGAAGCGCCUAGUUUCUUGCGAAGCGCUUGGUUUCAUGUGGAUGUAGCGCCUGGCGUGACCCAGAGCGGCCAGGCGGUUCGGGGUACUUCAGCGAUGCUCGCGCUUGCCGGUGUAUAUGUGGCUAUGGUAUUGUGUGACUGUGGCAAGAAGCGUUAUUAUAUCAUCUGUUGGACUUAUAAGUAUGAGUCCGACUAUGCUACGGACUCCUAUAUAUACCUACGCUCCAUUAUACGACUUCAAUAUGACUCGUCACUUAUCAGUUUCCUCAAGGUUACGUUUGUGCACGGACUUCGCCCAUCGACGAUCUCAAACCUUAAACCACCCCCACCACCACUCCAUCAUUAUCCUCACCAACCCCCACACUCUCCUCAAUGGCCAAAGCAGAUUUCCAUGGUCUCUCAUGGACCUCCACAAUCUGGAGCCUCGAACCCACCUGGACCCUCGAACCCUCCCCCGCCGCCAUCGCCGAACUAAUCAAAUCCCUCGGCAUCACCGAUGCCACCAUCUCAUUCCUCGCCCAAGGCGGCUUUAAUAAAGUCUACACCGUCGCCUCACCGGCCAAUGAAGACUUGAUCCUCCGCAUCGCUCUACCGGUUGACCCGAGAUUUAAAACUCGCAGCGAGGUCGCGACUAUGGAAUGGAUGCGGUAUAACACUACCAUCCCGGUCCCGAGGGUCCUCCGGUACGGGGAGUCGCGCGCGAAUAUCGUGGGGUUCGAAUGGAUCCUCAUGACUAAGCUACCUGGAAAGCACCUUGGCGAUGUAUGGAACACGAUCUCCUAUGCUGCUAAAGAAGCGCUGGUUAGGAGGAUCGCGGGGAUUUGGGCGGAGCUGUUUAGGCGGCCGAUGAGGGGGGUGGGUAAUAUCUAUUCAGUGUCGCCGAAAAAGGAGGAACCGGCGAAGGUAGGCAGGAUUGUGUCGAUGCAGUUUUUCUGGGGGAAUCGUAUCUAUCAGGAUGUGUCAAGGGGACCGUUCGAGUCGAGUCGGGAGUGGAUGCUAGCGAGGUUGGGACUGUGUGAGAAUGAGUGCCAUGCUACGCUGGAGAGGUUUGAGGGUGUGGAAAGGAAUGGAGCGGAUGGCGGUGAUGAGGGGGGGGGUGGGGUGAAUAGUGAUGAUAACAAUGGUAGGGAUGAUAAAGGUGGUAGGGAUGAUGAGGGUGAUGAGGGUGAUGAGAACGACGAGGACGACGAUGAUGAUAAGGAGGAGGCGGAGAGGACACUGGACAUUGUUAUGAGGUUGAAGCCGCUUGUAGAUCGAAUAUUCCCAGAGGGCCAGUCGGGAGAGGAGAAGACGGUGUUCUCCCACCAUGACCUUUCAAAUCAUAACGUCCUUGUCGACGACGACGGCGCUCUUACCGGCCUGCUAGACUGGGAGUGCGUCUCCGCCGUGCCACUUUGGAAAGCCUGCGACUUCCCGAGUUUUUUGGGAGGCAGACCGCGAGAGGUGAAGCCUGAUCAGACGGCAUAUGAUCUGAAUGAUGAGGAGAGUGCUGAUGACUACUGGAGAUAUUUGAAGGAAUAUGAGAUCACGAACCUGCGGCGGGUUUUCCUCGAUGAGAUGGCGAUACUGGAGCCGGAGUGGAUGCAGAUUUUCAAGGCGAGUCAAGUGCAUCGGGAUCUUGAAACUGCGGUGCUAGACUGCGAUAGCGAAUUGUCCGCGAGAAAUAUCCGUUACUGGAGUGAUAACGUCAUGGCCGAGAAGAGCAACAUGCUGACUUUGGAGGAUAGAAGAUAUGGAUGCUAUGGACCUGACGAUUCUAAGGACGACAUUAUAUUAUAGUAGAUAGUGGCAUAUGAUAAGCACCAUCAUCUUUUGGGUUGGUAUAUGGAGACAUGUACAGUGCAAUAGCUCGCAAGAUACCAUUUCUUCGUGGUAAAGCAUGAGAUGAACGACUACAACGAC